AUGAUGAAGAAGAAGGUAAGGUUUUUGAGGAAGAUGAGAAUGAACGGUUGAGAUUUUGGAUUGUUGUUAGAUUAACGGUUGAGAUUAGAAGGUUUAUCUUGUGUGGAGUUUUCAGAAGGAUUAGGCUGUGGUUUGAGAAUGAGUGAGGAGUCGACACGUGGAGGGGUUUGAUAGGUUAAAUAUCUGUGUUCCUUAUUGAAUUUUAAUGUAGAUUUGAUUAUUCUAGUUAUCCAAAUUUUUGUGUAUGUCACAAAUUUGUAUUAACAAUAUACA